AUGGAGUUAGACGAAGUAGAACAUCAUCCCGAGGAUUUCGACCAAUUCGUGGCAAUCCUGAAUUUUCUGUCGGAACCGGUCAACUACUCUCCCGAUGCGAUAAUGCAGGAUAUUUCUUUUGAAAUAUUUGUAAAUAUUUGUUAUCACCUGCCACCUCAAGAUUUAUUGAUGUUGGCAUGUGUAUGCAAAAACUUUAAUAACAUGCUUAAUGGAAAUUUAUUUCCAAUCUGUUCUGAAAUUUGGAAAACAUCCCGUGAAAGAUUCACCGUAUUCAAAGACAUGGAUCCUCCGCGUGGAAUGUCUCAGAAACAAUUUGUUCGUUUGCUCAAUUUCGAGCGAGGAUGCGAAUUUUGCAAGAAUAAGUCACAUAUACAAAUUUAUUGGUCGGCUAAUGUGAGGUCUUGUAAAUCAUGCGUGCUUGAAAAGUCCAAAACUCACCAGGAAUUAGUGACCGAAUGUCAGAUCGAUCAAAGGGUCAUAAAUGCAAUCCCUCACCUUAUACCUUGUCCAGAUGAUAAUGGCAGAACCCAUUAUUACUGGUUUCCCUGUGUCCUUGCUGCUCAGUCCGAGCUCGGCAAGAACUCAGACUACAAGAAGCCAGAACUUAAACGAUUAACCGAUGAAAACAUCAAGCGUUAUCGUUGGAUAACCCAAUGUUGGUCGGAACAGGUGGAAGAACAAAAAUCGAUUGUUAAGGAGUUCAUUCGGAACAUGGGUCUCAAUGAUUUCCGAGAUCCUAUUAUCGAACAAAUGUUUGAGGACGUCAACGCAAAUCCGUUCAUUAAACCGGAUUUCGAUGCAUAUGCCGAAGCACUAAGAAAUUUAAAACCAGUAAAUUCAUCGAAAUCCUCACGGAUUACUGUCAAGAGGGAAAUGAGGGACGAUGAAGUUAAUGCGAAAACUUUGACUCCUACUCCACCGAAAGUAUCCAAAAAAAAAGAGAAGAGGGCAAGAUCACGGAAUUAUAGCUUGCCAUCAAUAGAAAAUUCUACUACAUCCAAUUCAUCUACAUCAGACGUUUAUAUAAAAACCGAGGAAGAACCUAUCGAUUGGCAUAAUAACACAUUUUUAUCAAAGGAAAGCGGAUCAUCAUCUUCUCUUGCAGUUGGAAACAGACGUUCAUCCGCUUCAUCGGAUUCCGGAAAAAAAAAGAUGGCAUCGCUUUCUCCUUUAGAUAGAGCUCAGAAUGGAAUAACCGAAGUACCCGUUGAAAAUGGCAAUAAGAAUAAACUUUUGUUUAGCGCAGUAGAUGAAUUCGCGAGAAACGGAACAUUAUCCACCAAUUUUCUGGGUGGCGUCGUGAAGAGCGAACCAUUGCCUACCCCGGUAGAAAAUAGUGACGGGAAUAAGUCAUCGUUCGCCGCCAUAUUUUCCACACUUUUUGAUGCUGGGAAUAAGGGAAUGAUACUUCCUCUGAGAGAUGAAAGCAAAAAAAAGAAUCAUUCAAAGAAUUUUAACUAUGGGUCCUCGAUGGUUGAUCCGUUAAUAGCAUCGCACUCAAGAGGUGAUAUGUCGGCCGCGGUCGAAUACCCAGGAAUGCAAAUGAAUUUCCAGCAAUCUUUGAUCUAUCGACCUGAUAUUCCAUUCGCGGUCGUUCCUUCUCCUCUUCCUCUCCUUCCACCUCCUCGAGGUCCAUUGAACGGUGAAAAAAAUGUCUCCCGUGAGGUUCUUUGGAGAAGAGACGAUAUAGUCAAAGGACUUAAAUUAGUUGCGACCACCGAUAAUCCACCGCCGCUCAGUAAGCACAAAAGUUUGGUACCAUUCACCAUCAACAUCCGAGAUAAUCUAUUCCAAUUUUUAUCCUUAUGCAAAUUAUUUGUCAACCCACCAAUGUUCAACAACAAGAAUGGAUAUGAGAGGUCAUAUCUGUACAGGCUCAUUCAAAAACUUCAACAGGAAGCCGCAAUAUUGAAAGUUACCUGCAAAACACGACCACCACACAUUCUUGAUAUACAAGGAGCAAUUUCGCGGAACAUUUAUAAUUAUCCGAUAUUUAGGUGCCGCAUGUGUCGAAACGAUUGUACAGUUAAACCGCAGGUGUUGAAGCGAAUAGAAAAGCAUGUGGCGGACGUUCACAAAUCUUUGAAAGUCGAAGAAUAUGCAUAUGUGGAUGAAAACUCGGUGAUAAAUUAUCUUCAUUUUGCGUUUCUACCUGAGCUACAUGUACCCGAUGCGCCAACAAAGUAG